AUGAUCGUUAUGGCUUCUGAGUAUCAGCAACCAACAAUAGAUUCUAACAUUACAUUUCCCAUAUCUACCUCUCACCUAGCGCAUCGACAUCGAAGCAAACCCCAGUUCGAGAAGAUUCUCCUCGAGAAGUACGUGAACCGUGACCUAGCGCAUACUGCUGCAGUAGUGACAGAUCAGCGAUACUGGAGAAAGACAUAUACAGAUCUCAGAGAUGAAGCAGAAGAUUAUAGGAAAGUCCGCCAAGAGUAUAGACAAUGGUUUCCACCCAGUCGACUAUACGGGCACGGUUACAGUGGCUAUGGCAAUGGACACACGGACGGGCCACCGAAGCUAAUAUAUCCAAAUGCAAAGCCUAGACUUGGGCACAGAAAGACGGCCAGGCUCAGAAUCAAACGAAAUGAAUUGGCUCAGCAAGCAGAACAAGUGGAAGUGCUUGUACCAAUAAGAUUAGAAGUAGAUUGGGAUAAAAUAAGGUUGAGGGAUACGUUCACUUGGAAUCUUCAUGAUCGAAUCAUUUCAACGGACUUAUUCGCCGCACAGCUUGUGGAGGACUUGGGCUUAGCGGUACCUCCUGCAACCCCACUAGUUGAGAUGGUUCAACAUCAAGUACGUGGGCAACUAAACGACUUUUAUCCUCAGGUUUAUAUCAAGGAAGACGCACUAGAUCCAGAACUGCCAUAUUCGGCUUACAAAAAUGAAGAGAUGCGAAUACUUAUCAAACUAAAUAUAACUGUAGGAUCUCACACAUUAGAGGAUAAGUUUGAAUGGGAAAUCAAUAACCCUUUAAACUCACCAGAAGAAUUUGCCCUCAGUAUGACCCGGGAACUAUCACUUUCAGGCGAAUUCACAACUGCCAUUGCUCACUGUAUUAGAGAACAAAGCCAAUUAUAUACACGAAGCUUAUAUAUUGUGGGAUAUCCAUUCGAUGGGCGCCCAUUGGAGGACGCUGAUUUAAUCUCGGCAUUUCUACCAACACCCUUACCAGCUGUGCUUCGUCCCCAACAACAGGUGCGAGAAUAUGGGCCAUAUUUGUAUGAGUUGACUGAGGCAGACUUGGAAAGAAGUGAAGUCAUAUACUCUCGAGAGCAGCGGAGACAGAAGCGCUCAGUAAAUAGAAGGGGUGGACCAGUUUUACCAGAUCUAAAGGAUAGGCAAAGGACAGUACGCACACUAGUUGUCUCCUCAGUAAUUCCAGGUGCAGCAGAAACGAUAGAAGAUAGCCGAUUAUACAAGCGUGUGGGACCCUCUGGCAGAGGGAAACGCUCUGGCCCACGGGAUGAGGACAUUUCUGACCUUUCAGACAGUGAAGACUCAGCUCCUGAAUCACCUGCCAUAUCGAACCUUUUAUCUGGGACAGCAAGGACAAGAGGAAUGCGUGGUGCAGCUACAGUAGCACAGCAGCGAAUGGCAAAUUUGGGGCGCUCCGAGACGCCGGAAAUUGCUGCUCUCCAUCACCAUGAAACAAGGAUAUCUGCAAGAAGGCUUGGUCGUGAAGCUCGUGAAGGAAGUACAGAAAUAUCUUCAAUGAUCAUAAAAUUAGAAAUUGGCAAAGAAAAGUUCAGAAAGUUUUUACGAGAGCUUGAGUCAAGAACUAAAUCAUCAAACACUCACACAAACCCCCAGCACAAUCGGUCUACAACAUCUAACAAAACCGGAGCGCGGGCUGCAGCUCCCAUCACUAUGGCGCCACCAUCAGCUACUGGUGUCCAACAUAGACUUCAACCAACAAACCCUACCCCAUCUUCUAGCCAAGGACAAAUUGGUCGUAUCGAGGCACCACCUCCACCACCCUCCGGUCAACCCAACCCACCACCUCCACAACCUCCAACCUGGCUUACUUCUGGUCUCACGGAACUACUCAAAUCUUACCCGAAUGAUCGUUUUGAAGGUGUAAUGCGAUACUCAGCCGUUAAUUCUAGCACCGAGACUCCUUGUGCAGCGCCAUCACCAGGACAGUCGACGGAAGGUAUUAAGUGGAUGUACCUACCACGAAUUAGAUGUCAUGAUUGCCCUGGAAAGCUUUAUACACCUGGUCCAGAAGCUACAGUUGGUAACUUUGAAGUUCAUCUAAAGAAUCGUCAGCAUAGAGAACGGGUAGAGUUAAGAAUAGCAUCCGGACUGAGCAGAGGCCAGACUAAAAACAGCUUUUAA